GUUUGCCUGUAUGCGUGGAAAAGCCAAUGGGAUGAAGAGCUGAUAAUAGAUGCAAAUUAUCCCUGAAACCGACACACACACAUACACACACCGGGGCCAGGAGGAGAGAGAGAGAGUGCAUGCUCGAGAGAGCCGCGUAGAGAGAGAGAGAGAGAGAGAGAGAGAGAGAGAGAGAGAGAGAAAAUAUGAAACAACUCAUUUGCAGAGGAGUAAAUCACGGAAUACCCGUUUGAGAGCGCGACAGGGCUCCUGCUUACAGCGCUAACACCGGAAUUGUGAUGCGCACGAGCCCUUCCUCCUCCUCUACUUCUCCCUCUUCUUCUCCAUCUUCUUUUUCUUCUUCUUCGCUGGAGAGUUUAUGGAAUCGGUGUGAUUGUUGUUAUUGUUGUUGCGGUGGUUGUGGCUGUUUGUGCUCUGGCUGGCUGCCGUUACCGUUACUCACACCGCUUGUCUGUUGUGGCCGUGAAGUGAAGCGCCACGCCACAACAACGGUCACCGACACCGGCGGCAGACCUGCCUCACUCUCUGUCUCUCCCUCCCCUCCGUCUCUCUGUGUGUGUCGGUGUUUCUCUGCCUCAAACCGCACGACAGAAGCAGAAAAAAAGAAAAAACAAUUGAAAGCCGCGGCUCGCUUCCUUCAGUCCCACUCUGACUCUACUGAGCCGUACACACACUGAAACAACAAUAAACAUCAACACAAAAGAUGAGUUCAUAUUUCGUCAACUCGCUCUUCUCCAAAUAUAAAAGCGGGGACUCGUUACGUCCGAACUACUACGAGUGCGGUUUCGCGCAGGACCUGGCCGGCAGCCGGCCCACCGUGGUGUACGGCCCGGGCUCCGGCGCCACCUUCCAGCACGCUCCGCAGAUCCAGGACUUCUAUCACCACAGCGCCUCAACGCUGCCCAGCAACCCGUACCAGCAGAGUCCCUGCGCGGUCACAUGCCACGGCGAGCCGGGCAAUUUCUACGGAUACGACGCCCUGCAGCGGCAGACGCUUUUCGGGGCCCAGGACGCGGAUCUGGUCCAGUACAGCGACUGCAAACUGGGAAGCGCGCCGGGGCUCGGCAGCGAGGACGCGGAGGGAACCGAGCAGAGCCCCUCACCGACGCAGCUGUUCCCCUGGAUGAGGCCGCAAGUAGCUGCGGGCAGGAGGAGGGGCCGGCAGACCUACAGCCGCUACCAGACCCUGGAGCUGGAGAAGGAGUUCCUGUUCAACCCCUACCUGACCCGGAAGCGCCGCAUCGAGGUGUCGCACGCGCUGGCGCUGACGGAGCGGCAGGUGAAGAUCUGGUUCCAGAACCGGAGGAUGAAGUGGAAGAAGGAGAACAACAAGGACAAGUUCCCGAGCAGCAAGAGCGAACAGGAGGCGGUGGAGAGGGAGAGGAGGGAGAAGGAGCUGCGGGACGGCAGCGGAAGCGGAGAAGGGGAAGGUGGUGAAGGAGGAGGCUCGGCGGUGGCGGUGGCGGUGGCGGUGGCGGGCACGGCGGGGUCACAGGCCUCCGGGAACGAGGAUUGCUGCGAGAAAACCCACAAGCAAAUGUAGGGAGCAGAGCGGUGAAAUUAUGAGGGAGAAGGGGGUGGGGGUGGGGGGGGGGUUGAAGGGCGAGAGAUGGAGGACGAGGAGGCUGUAAGUGUUGGACCGGAUGGGGUGAGGGUGUGGGGGGGUUGGGGUGCUGUUUUGUCUUAAUUGAGGCCAUUUGGACUGCUCCGCUUUCUCCACAAUUUAAUUGAUGGAAAGGAACUUGAGUCUCCAAAAUGGCGAUUGGUGAGCCGGACGGACUGGAGGGGCCUCGCGCCUCUGUCUGCUGACUGUAAAAACCGCGGGAAAAAAAAAAUGAAGCAAUGAAGCAAGAAAGUGAACUUUAAAAAAAGAAGAAAAACAUGAGGCGGGGUGGAUCCAUCCAAGUCAAACAAACAUAGUCUACUCUAGUGUUUAAAAAGAAAAAAAAGAAAAAAAGAAAGUAAAAUGAUAGCUUCCUUUCUUUGUGGAACAAUUAUCGUGGAAACAUUUCUAUAUUGUUAGAAGUUUAUCAUUAACAAUUUUAUCUUUGGCAGCUGUAUAGUUUUUAAGUUAAAAAAUGAUGAUGGUGCACUUUUUACUGUACUUCUCACUUCUAUGUUGUUGUUGUUGUUGUUAUGGCAAUGAUUGAUUGAUUGAUGAUGAUGAUUAUGAUGAUGAUGAUGAUGACGACGUAGCAAUUAAUGAAAUUUCCAACAACAUGAAACUGCCUAUUUAUGCCGUUUUAGUAGGUCGGGUCUCUUUUUUACACACUCUAAUUGUCGUUUUUCGUUUUAGUUCGUUUUUUGAUCGAUGGUGUUUGUUUUAUGUUGUCUUCCUUUUCUCUUUUUGGGUAAAAAGCAUGCGCACAGUGCAGAUUAAAAAAAGAGAACAUUCAUAAAAAUAAAAACGAGGAAAAAUGUAAUAAA